AUGGCGUGCAGUCUUCUCCUUCCCUAUGGAGGCCCUAAAGCUAUUCCAAAAAUCCACCAGAGACCAGCCCACAAGCUGAAACCACCACCUUUGUUCGUCGCAGUGAUGGCCGAGCCUAAGAAGGCGGUCGGCCGAACAACACCGGCGAUGGACAAGACGGUGUACAAAGACAAUUGGUUCCACCGUCUCGCCAUCCACCACCUAUCAGAGAGCCUCCAAGCAACAGCAGGGAUGAGGAACAAGAAAGAAGGGUAUGAAAGCAUAGUGGAGGCUGCGGGGAUGGUUAGGAGGAGGUAUGAUGCCAAGGGACAGCAGGAAUUGGUGAUCCAAGCACUCAACAUGGCCUUUCCAGGAUUCAUACUAAAAAUGGCAAGUCCUGUCUUUUGCUUGGUCAAGGACCUAAUAAUGAAGUUGAUACUAUAA